AUUACAACUUGAAAUCAAUAACCUCAAUUAUCUUCACUUUAUCAAUAAACUUGAUAUAUUACGUUUAGUCGAGUUGUAUCGCGCGGCAGUUUUAAAAAAGGGUCAGAUGGCUUCCACUAACGCCAUUACAGAGCUUAAUGCUACCGAACAGAGAAUCAUCAAAAUAAAGUCUGAUAUAGAUCAGUUUGAGGAACUGCUCAAGCGCGUGGCUAGUGGGUAUGGGGAUACUAAGUAUCUCAGCGAACAGUAUCACAACCUUAUAUUGUCAACAAAAGAUUUGUCAUCUCAUUUGGCUACUAUUCAAAAAAUAAUUGAGCUAGGCUCACAAAUUCCCGACCUACGUGCUAGAGCUCGCACUUUAAACACUCAAGCAAUAAGUCAGUUAAGACGAUUACAGAAGUUGGGUAAUGAUGUUCAACAGCAUGCUCGUUAUGAGAACAAAGUGGAUCCAGUGGUCAAUUUUGAAGGGAAAUAUCCAUCACUUGCAGAUUUUACGCUUAACCAAGGACCUUUAGUAGAACAGAAACAGAUUCCGGUUGAAUCAAAAGCAGAUGUUCAAAGAGCACAUGAAAUGGAACAAUUAGAGUCUGAUAUAGUUCAAGUGAAUGAACUAUUCACAACACUGGCCACUUAUAUACAUGAUCAAGGCUCAUUAGUUGAUUCUAUCGGUGACAAUAUAGAAGUAGCUUAUGAACAAGUUCAAAGUGGUACAGAACAAUUGAGCACAGCAACAAAACAUCGUAAAUCAGCUCGACGUAAAAAGUGUAUCUGUCUUGGUCUUAUAGUAUUGAUUUUAUUCAUCUUAGCACUAGGUGUCGGCUUAUCAUUGAGGCAUUGAUUAUUCAUCUAAAUCGCCUCUUCUCUCUCUCUCUCUCCUAUGCACUUCUCUAUGCAUUAUUCAUUAUUAAAUUGAUAUAUGAUUUGUUUUUGGGGUUCCGUUUAUUUUGUUUUCUUUUUCUAAUCUAAUCACAGUAUUUAAACUGAUUUGUUUUUUUCUGAUUGAGUUGAUUUAUUUUACUGAUAUAUAUAUAUAUAUAUAUAAAAAAUGUGUACAAUGUCUUUCAUAAAUAAAUAAAAAAAUUCUUUUCGUCAUUUUCAUGUCAACCUUUUUUUUUUUUCAAUUGGUUACUUCAUUAUUUGAUGACAAUUUGUAUGUGUGUGUGUGUCUGUGUGUUUAUGUUUCCAGUUGAUUGUACAGUUACAGUUUUACUAUCAAUCAUACAAUAAUAAAAAUAUAUUCAGUUUGUUGAUUGGCUUAGAGAGAUUGAGAAGUCAAAGCAAGACCCACCCGAAGACAAGUGCAUCAAUGAACAGGGGUGGUUACACUUUUAUGCUAGCAGAUAAAGUUUUCUGAGAGAAUAAACAAUUUGAUGAUAAAGGUUAGUGUAAAUAAUAUUAAGGUUAAGAAGAUGUCAACGAGUGAAUACUUCCACGUCAUUGUGAUAUAUUUCUAGCUAUUUCACAAAU